CUCUCUAUAUAUAUUAAGUAUAUUAUUAGUCAGGGGGCUGGUGUAUGCUACACCUCUGUGCUGCCUUCGCUGUGUUGUGUCCACUGAGCCCUGGCUGGCUUCAUGCUUUGCGGAGAUGUUCCUUCUGCCCCGUCUGGUGGGAUUGUAAGGCCUGCGAGCAGCUUAGCGAAGGGCGAUCGAAGCCUCGCAUGUUCAGGACCAAACGCUCCGCUCUGGUCCGCCGUCUCUGGAGGAGCCACACGACCCUGGGAGGCGAGGCGGCUGAGGGCCAGCCAGAGAGCACCUCCCAGCCGGAGCCAGAGAGAGAUACAAACGCACACACAUGUUGCUGUGGGAAAACCUCCAAAGGCGCCGACCACGAACUCAAAGCCUUGACACACUCGUUGCUCAAGAGGCUCAAAGAGAAGCAGCUGCAGAUCCUGCUCCAAGCUGUGGAGAGCAAAGGAGGCGCUGGCACCGGCUGCCUGCUCCUGCCCAGGAUGCUAGACCCUAAACUCAGCAAACACACCUCCUACUCCCUACCUGUUCUCCUCUGCAAGGUGUUCCGCUGGCCUGACCUCAAGAGCUCCUCCGAGCUGAAGCGACUUUACUGCUGUGAGAUGUAUGGGAUCAACAGCACGGACUAUUACUGCUGUAACCCACACCACCUCAGCAGGCUGUGUGAGCUGGAAUCCCCUCCACCGCCCUAUUCCAAAUUUCCAAUGGAAUUGCUCAAGCAACCUGCGGACUCCCCCAACCCUCCCCCAUCCUCCACUGAAACUGGGGGCCCUCACUACAGCCCCGAUGGCCUCUCAGAUUCCCGAAUAAGCCAGGAGUUGGGGAGCCGCGCUCACUGGUGUGUGGUGGCUUACUGGGAGGAGAGGACUCGGGUUGGCCGGCUGUACACGGCACAGGAACCCUCCCUCGACAUCUUCUAUGAUCUACCUCACGGGAACGGCUUCUGCUUGGGGCAGCUGAACUCGGACAACAAGAGCCAGCUGGUCACUAAAGUCCGCAGGAAGAUAGGCUACGGGAUUCAGCUGAGCCGGGAGCGAGACGGAGUCUGGGUGUAUAACCGCAGUCACUACCCCGUCUUCAUCAAGUCCGUGACUCUGGAUAACCCCGACUCCAGGACAUUGCUGGUGCACAAGGUGUAUCCAGGCUACUCCAUCAAGGCUUUUGACUAUGAGAAGUCCUGCAGCUUACAGAGGCCGAACGACCACGAUUUCACACACGAACCUUGGUCGGGCUACAGUGUGCAGAUCAGCUUUGUGAAGGGAUGGGGCCAGUGUUACACCAGGCAGUUUAUCACCAGCUGUCCAUGCUGGCUCGAAGUGUUCUUUAACAACCGAUGACUCAAAAGUAGACCAAGAGAUGGAGACCGCAGACACACACACACACAGACAGACUGACCCACCACAAAACUGACCCGACCCUUCUGUGUGUUUCUGUGAACGGACCCGGGGUCCAGGAAACGGGGUGGGGGGGUGUUUUCCGACGUAAAGAGACUUUCGAUCGAAAACUUCACAGGAUUUUAAUAAGGAGAAAGU